CCGCACCGUUUGGUCAACCACGUCUGGCUUCUCGUCUUUGCUUUCCAUUCGACACAGUAUCCACACGAGUGCGGCCUCACUGAGUCGGUCGAGCGUAGGUGUGUGCUGCAGCACAGGAGCCAACCGCUGCAAUGCACGUCCACACUCAACACCACCAGUGAGAACGUGCACUCGCACAUCCAUCACACGGUUCAGCCCAAGUGAACCACACGUGACACACACACCAAAUGUCUGAGAGCAGUGUCCCAGCAGCUGUAGCUGUCGGUCAGUUGUCAUCAUCGAGCUCUCCCUCGUCUCCCUGAUCCUCCUCCGGUAGACUUGGUGUGUCCCUCGCUUCCUUCCAUUUCUCCCACCAGCUGCCCCGCUCACACUGGAUCUUCAUGUGCAGCUGCACACAUCACACCACACCAGCACACAAAGGAGGAGGAAUCGACGUUUUCGUCCGUUGUGCGGCUGCUCACCAUCUGCAGCCACUCGUCGAAGACGUCUUCUUGCAGGCGGCCGGCAGCGCGGCUGCUGCAGGCAGCGACCUCAGGCAAGAUGGCCCGCCUCACGUACGCUUCUGCCAUGUCGUCAUAGGCAUCCAGACGCAGCGGCAAACCCGACGGCCUAACAGAAACAACACACAUUCCCCGUGAACACGUCUGUCCGUUCAUGUGUUUGUCGGCUGGAUAACUCACUUUCUGUCAUAGAAGCCGAAUUGACAUCGGUCAAGGAAGAGUCCACACGCCGGCACCAGGAGUAUGUGGCCCCUCACGGCCGCGUCAGGCACGAACAUCCGCUCCAGCAGUGAAUCGAUAUCCACACACUGACCGUCCUCCAGCUGCACCAGUCGGCAUCGGUCUCCGGCUUUUCGGCGGAGGAAUGCCUCACACGCGAAGCCGACCAUGCGACGGAUCUGGUUGUACAGGAAGCCUGACCCUUUCACCUGACCGAACAAACAAGACUCAAUCAGCACAGCACCUGUAUGGGUGUGAUGUCGUGCGGUGUGUGAUCGAUCUUGCCUCAAUGCGGAGGAACUGCUCGCCGUCGAUGGUGACGGGCUCGUCCAAGGCCUCACAGCGGUCCAUUGAUCGCAUGGCCUGCGGACUGCCGGCAGCCACACCUUUGGCGAAAUUGCUGUAGUCGUGCCGGCCGAUGAACCUCGCGAGCAGACCGUUGAGGGAGGAAAUGUCCUCUCGGGUGACCCUACAGAAAACACCUAUUGUUUGUCAGUUUGUUUGUCGCCAGUCAGUCAGCACUCACCAGAAGCUCUUUCUUUCGCCCUGGAUGGCCGCCAGGUGUGGCUGCACAUCAGACAGUGCGAAGUCAUCCCGGAUGGGCACCAGGGGAGCCAGACAAGAGGCGGGGAGCAUGUACACGUACUGCCGCGAGCUGCAGAGGAAGCGAGGGCUGAACGAAGGCACCACCCUUUGGAUGCCCAAGACCUCGAUAGCGUCGCCGCGCCGCCUGAGCUCCUCGUUGAGCAGACUGCGGUACUCCUCGAAGCCCAAUGUCCUGUCGGGCUGGACCUGGGCAGCCAACACCCAGCGGGCAGCAUGGACGCCCUUGUCAGUCCGCGCACUCCUUGAUAGGUCCAACUGCAUGUCAGACAGGCAGCAAGAAAGCCUACAAUGGAUUCCCGUUGCUGCUUUGGUCACUCAGUUACCUUCCAGUCGCUGGCGGCCCUCUUGGGGUCGACAAUCAGCCUGACGUUCUCUGACGCCAUGGCGUCGAUGAGGGAUCUCUCGAUGGUUGGUUCAGCCGUGGCAGAUCUGACAUCGGAAGGGCACCCACUCUAUAUAUGCACAGACACACAAGCUUUCUCACCGUUGGCAGCCAUAGUAGGGUGUGCCGAGGUAGCCGACGACAAACAAUAGCUUCCGGCUCUUCCGUGGCUUGAACGGAGGCGGUGUGGUGGGAGCAGGUACUGAGUCAACACCCUCCAUGUUGCGCCGAGUCUGGUGCACGCUGCUCGGCAGAGAUGGGAUGAAAGAGGGCCGACACUCUCCUGCAGCUACACUGAUGAUCAGGCCGAUGGCCACAAGGAGCAUUCUCUUCGCCUGGCCUCGCGCAGAU